UUCGCCGUACGUACCGAUAUACGCGCGACGCUUGCAGUUGUGCGAUAUAUAUAUUUGCGAACAUACGCUUUUUCGUUUUGCCGUUCGUAAAAAAAUCGAUCGUUUAUUAAGAUGAUAAAAUUCCUCGGUGUUUCGAUGCAGCAUGCGAAAUGUGUGAAUUGGUUUUUUCGCUCUAAUAAUCGUAGUUCGAUCCUGUCGUUCGUCCGCGACUAAUUUAUUUUUUACUGUGCUCGUACUAAUAUUACUUAAUCGUAAUAUAAAAUCCAUAGUGAAAAAUGGAACAAGAUGAUAACCAAAAAUCAGAUAACAAACGCCGUCAAUCUCUAAGUAUUGACAAGGCUGCGUUUCUAUUGCUCCGAAUUAAGCGGGUGUUCAAAAAAAGAAGUCAAAGCCAACAAAUUGAAAAAAGAGAUAAAGAGGGACCACGUGGACAACAACCACCUCCGCUAUUGCGAUCAAGUACCUUGCCUGCCAUUAUUGUACCCGGCCUCAACAUUUUACAUGCUCAAAUUGGACCAAAUUCCACGCCAAACGGUAAUUUUGGUGCUAAGAAAUCUGUUAAGUCCUCGACAAACGUAUUCCGUUCUCCGUGCAUCAAAUUCUCUCCGGUUGCAUCGCCUAGCAAGUGUGGAAGGUCUAACAAACAACAAAACCAUAACGUAGCUAACCGCCGCCGAAGCAGUGACGAAAAAGAUACGCGAACUGUAUAUUUAAACGAGUAUGAUCAUAUUUUUUUCUCGAUUUGUUUUUAGUUUCCGACAUCACUUGUCCACCAGUGGUUUUAGUACAAUAUUAUUAAACGUUCUUACACGACAUUCGAGGUUUGAAGCCCACCUCGUGUUAUAAUAAGCUGUAAUUAUUUAGCUAUAUAUUUGCAGUACCCUCCCCCCACUCCUCAAAUGUAAUAUUUCUCAUAUAACGACACCCUCACUAAAUGAACUCGUACGAUACCAAAACUGAAGGUUUAUCACAUUUGGAAAAUAAAUGGAGUAUUGUAUUACUUAUAUAACGAAGAUAGUGGAAAACUCACUUUAUGUUGUGUAAGAUGUGUAUCCGAUUUAAUUAAAUAAACUAUAUUGAAUCUUCUAUAACUUCUAUAAUACUACGGAGUU